UCAGCGUUAGACCGGAAGUGCCUCGCGCAGUUCGUCGCUGUUGUUGCUCAGGUGAGCUGACAGAAACUUUGGGAAAAGUGCAGGAUGGCGGACGACACGUACGAGUCGAUUCUUUGCGUGAAACCCGAGGUUCACGUGUACAGGAUUCCUCCACGGUCUUCUAAUCGGGGAUAUCGUGCUGCUGACUGGAAGCUGGACGAACCGUCAUGGAGCGGCCGCAUGAAGAUCACUGCAAAGGCCAAAACUGUAUUUAUCAAACUGGAGGACAAGAACACAGGUGAGCUGUUUGCACAGGCUUCAGUAGAUCAGUACCCUGAUGCAUCUGUAGAAGCUGUAACAGAUUCCAGUCGCUAUUUUGUGAUCAAGAUUGAAGAUGGAAAAGGACGACACGCGUUCAUUGGGCUCGGCUUUGCGGACCGCGGGGACUCGUUUGACUUUAACGUGGCCCUACAGGAUCAUUUUAAGUGGGUGAAACAGGAAGGUGAACUGGCAAAGCAGGAAGCCAAUCAGAGCGCAGCUCCUAAACUGGACCUCGGCUUUAAAGAGGGUCAGACCAUCAAGAUCAGCAUCGGGAACAUAAAGAAGAAGGACACAGCUGGAGCUAAAUCACGUCCUGCUGCUGCUGGGGGUCUUCUCCCACCUCCUCCUGCUGGGAAAAGUGGUGGACUCUUCUCUCCUCCUCCUGUGUCUGCCCAUCAGGUCACUACACCCACUCAACAGAGCACAGGGUUGUUGCAGGAUUUUGGAGCUCCGGCUCCACAACCUCAGUCCUCUCAGGACCUGUGGGGGGAUUUUACUGCUGCAGGAUCAGGAAAUAUCAGUUCUGAGCCAUGACUCAGGAAACAGUGAAACCAGGAUGGGUGCAGUUUUGAUUAUUUGAACGGACACACACACACACACACACACGCACACACACUCCGAGUGAGUUGUGUCAUGUGCACAUGUCUGUAUGUACCGAGCUCACUGAGAACAGAGUGAGGAUCCACAUUCCACUUUUUUGUUUAGGAAAGUAUUCUUGAAGUGUGUUGGUUUUUUUUGCUUUCUUGUUUGUUUGUUUCUCAUGCAGUGGUAUCUGCUUUUAUUUGGCGCUUUCUUCUUUCCCCUUGCUUAAUUAUCUUUAUUGUUUACUUUGACGCUUUUACUCAGAGAGAUUUGUUAUGAUUGAGGUGAUGUGAAAUCAGAGCAGCUGAGAAUUAUGAAAAUCCUUGACCUCACGACCUUCAGGUCACAGGAAUAGCAAGUUGUCCUUUAUAUCACUGUUCGUUUCCCUGUCUGUUUGGUUUGAUGUAUCCAAGCUCACUGAUCUGAAUUCUUUUAUUUUUGGAGCCAUGAAGGAACCAAGACUUUUUUUUAUGUUUAAUGCAUAAAGCAGUUUGUAUAACCAAUGAAAUAUUUUACACCACACAGAGCCAGGCAGGACAUGUUUUAGCAUUUCUAAAUCUGGAGGCUACAGAUUUAUUUCAUGCUAUUAGCCUCUUAGUGUAAAACUCAAGAAGGACACCUCAGAGUUCAGACCCUGAACAUGUCCUGUAGCAGAUUUCUGACAGAACAGAAAUGAAGCUCAAAAUGUUUUUUUUAAUACUAAAAACCUACAUCUCUGACAGCAUUCAAUCAGAAGGCAACGAUGAUGUCAGUGCAUGUUUUAUAAUUUCCUCUAAACACACACAUGAGUAAUGAUACUGUUCUGGAAUGACUUUCUUAACUGUGAUAUCAUUUAAACAUUUAAUCUUUUCCCAAGUGCCUUUAAUGAUAGAAACAUGUGUAUAAAAUGUAAAGCAUCACUUUAAUUUGUAAAUAAAAUCUUUUUCCCCUUCUCUGUCA